CCAAUCGUUCUAGCAUUUUCCGAAGGGACACCUAAAUUGAAACUAGGGUUCCAACUUCCAAAUCGGCCGACCUGCCGGAAAAAAUUUCGAUCUUUAGGACAAUUACUUAAUUUGCCGCCGUCCCUAUCCAUUUUUUCUGGACAAAUCUUUGAUUCGAUCUGGAAGAUAAUGUCUCGGUGCUUUCCGUACCCUCCGCCGGGGUAUACACUCAGCGGAGCCAGGAAUGAGGCCCUGAUCGAAUCGAUUAAGCUCCAAAAGGAGAAAGAAAGGAAGCUGGAGAGGAAAGAGAAGAAAGAGAGAAGGAAGGAGAAGAAGGCGAAAAAAAAGGAGAGGAAAGAGAGAAAGAAAGAGAAGAAAGAAAAGACAAAUCGGAAUCCAUGUGAGUCAGAUAUUCAGAAGCUUCUCAGUAGUGCCGACAAGUCAAGUAUUCAGGUACAGCAUGAUAUCAGCCCAAAGAGCUUUUCCCAUAGAAAAAUAGAGUGUGUUCAAAAGAAAAGAGAAGCUGAAAAUAACCAAUCAGCACAAAGCAGUCUCACGGAGGAACAUGCACUUCCUUCAAGUUUGUUCAUUCCAAGCUCUUCUUCUGAGAGCACAGAGAACAGCAAGAAAAGGAAGAGGCAGUCACCGCCUGAAGAGGAUACAAACAGUCAGGGCAAAGUCAUCUUGAUACGACUGCCGUCAAGGAAGCAGAAUGAGCUUGAUGAGUUAGUCCAGGGACAACAGCCUUGCUCGACAUCCGGAAGAUCCAAAACUGGAGAUGCUAAUCAUGUGAAAGAUUUGCCGGAAAAUUUUCCGACCAGAAGUAACUGCCGUGAACCCAAUGCCAAAAAUAACGGGGAACAGAUCUGUUCGACUUCCGGGCAGAUUGAGGCUGAAAAAAUUAGAACCAACAUUGCUAAGUCAGAAGCAGUUUUGAGUUCCGUUCAAAAUAUGGAUUUGGAGUACCAAAAUCUAUUUGGGGACUUUUUCCCACCGCAGGUUCAAGAAUCAUGGCUUUGUUCAGAGGAUUUGGAUUGGCUUCUCAAGGGCAAUAGUCAACACAAUCAAGAAAUACGAGCUGAGAAGAAACCGAGAUACGGAAAUGAAGUUUUAUCUUCUUGCUCGAGAAGUUUGGGAUUGUGGCCCCGUGCAGAGUAUUUGCGUGAAGUUGAUGUUUAUGCUUUGCCUUUCACUGUGCCAUAU